GAACGCAAUCUCAAGCUGUGCUCCGAGUGCUUUACAUCUUCGAUCCCUUGUUCGCACUGCGCUGCGCCGACUCCUGCUGGCUCCUGGACUCGGUCGAAGUGUAGCAACGAAUCUUGCGACGCAUCAGCGGAGUUCUGUAGCGCGUGUUCUGGCAUGUCUAACGGGCAGUCGAAAGCGAAGUGCCAGUCGUGCUGGGCCCAGGACGGUCGGUGCUGCGUGCACUGCGGUCGGAUGCGAGCGCAAAGUGGAGUGAUAUAUCGGCGAGCUUGCAAGGCCUGUUUCGCUGCGCGCUCGUGCGCCGUCUGCCACGCUGUGCCGCCGGCGUCGCUGGAGACCCCGCAGUGCGAGAUGUGCGACAACCUCGCUUUGUGGUGUCCUCAGUGCACAACGCCAGAGCAGCGGGCGGCGGGCCUGUGUAAAACACAUUGGGAUUCCCCCGAGUGCGCAUUCUGUUACAGGACCGAGGACUCCGCCACCAAGGAACCGCUGCAGGUGUCCAUGAUCGAAUGCGGAACAGAGAGCUGCACCAAAGUCGUGAGGAGCUGCUCUGUGUGCUCGUCGCAUUUCAAGAAGAGCGCGGCGCUGUGCGACGCGUGCUGGAAGGCAGCUGGCUCCAAGUGCAUCGGAUGCUGUGUCAAACCAGCCCAGACCUCCAGGGUAUAUCAGCACUUUUGCCGGAAAUGCUUCGGGGAGGAGAGGCUGGCAGACCUCGUCCGCGACGAGAGCAGGAAGUUCCUCGCCGACGAGCCGCGACCGCAGAGGCUCGACGACGACGUACUCCUCGCUCUGGCAAAGCCCGAGCCCGGGUCCUUGCCGAUGUACGCGGAGACGCCCGAGUACCUGGACCCGAACCAUUGCCGCUUCUGCAAGCAACCGUGGGGUGGCUCCGACGACGACGACAAGCGACGGCAUCUGCUCGAGGAGUGCAGGCUUGAUCUCCAUCAACGAGACGGCGAAGACAUUCUCCAGACGUACCGGAGGUCAGUGCUCGAACGGGCGCGCGCAGAGGGCCUGGACGCGGUCAGUCCGCAGGUGGGCAGGUUUUGUGUGGCGCAGUACAAGAAUGCGCAGACGGACGAACGCUGCGUCCAUGAUGCCUGUGCCGUCUGCUGUCGAAAGACGCCCAAGUGCGACUUGAAUCGAGUUCACAUCCCAUCGUCGAGCAGCGACAAGUGCCCGGAGUGGUUAUCGUGGUCCGAAGAGUUUUGGAAUGAGAACAAGGAGGCGUGGUACGAGCAGGUCGACAAGCUCCUCAGCAUUGAACAGUACUUGAAAAAGUUUUUCAAGGUGUCUGAGCGAGCCCAGAAAGCGCGAGAGAGCGUGGAGGCGUGCAGCCGCGGGGAGCCGCACGAGCUCGGGUUCACGAAGGUGGAGGACGCAAAGAACUGGGUCGACCGCGUGCGCCUAUGGGAAGACAAUCUGAGGAGAGACAUGCGGGAGCACUCCGUUGUCUCUCCAGGUGAUCCGAAUCAUCGGUGGGUAUUGUACAAGUCCGCAGUAUGCACGGAUGCGCUCGAGGGCAGCGGCGGAGAUCUUCGCGUGAGCAUGUGCAAGGAGUGCGCCGAAGCAUUGUCGAACACGCUCACAGACAGCCGCGGGCGGUGCCGCCCGCGGCUGCGCAUGCCCAGCGAGGCUCUCGCGAAUGGCAUGUGGCGUGGUCCUGACCCGGAAGAGCUGACGAACUUAACGUACACCGAGUGCAAGGUGAUCAACCUGGCGAGGGCGUACGUCAGCGUGAAGCGCGUGUUGUUGGACAGGGCGUCUUUCGCCAGGACGAGUGCCGACGAGGCGCCGCGCUAUCGCCAGAAGAACGUUGUUGCGUACCCGCAGAGCCCCGACGCGGCUCUGACUGCCAUCGGACUGUCGCCGAUGGCCCUGGCGCACACUCUGAUCGUCCAGUUCGUGGGAAGCCGCGCUGACGGUAUCUGGCAUCAUCCUGACUUGCAAGUUUCCGUGGUGCGACUUCGAGCAGCAUUUCGUUGGUUGUGCUCCAGCAGCUGGAACCACAUGGAAGCCACGCGACACCAUGCCGCAUGUGCGGAUUCUGGCUUACUCCACGAGUCGAUCGAGGAGUUGCUGGACGCGUACGCGACGAGCGUUGGUGGAUCCUCGGGCGUUCCGCGCGAGCUCGUCGACUCGGCGACGACGAUCAGCGGCUCAAGAGCUUCGGUGUAG